AUGGGUUGCUGUGAUUCAAAAGAAGUGAGAGAGAUACCAAAAAAGAGGGUCUCUAAUAAUGUUAUUGCUUCAUUGACUAAAGGUUAAAUUGACCCCGCCAUAUAAGAUCUAAAAAGUACUCCUGUCAAGAAUGACAUUGCUAUUUCAGGUACUGGUGGCAUUAGAGAAUCAGUUUAGAGCUCUAGAGACCAUAUGAAUGAGUAGUAGACUCCACCCUUCAAGAAGAAGAAUUAUAAAGAAGACAAGAUUGGUCUUAAAAAUAUCGAUAACCUGAAGGAUCCUUUGUUUACAUCAGUAGAGGAUAUGGAUCUAAUGAAUAGAGCAGACGAACUGGCUCUGAACAGAAUGAUUUCGCUCGAUACUUAAUUGGAGAGCUCAGCCUAAGUUUUGAAUCUUAAAUUUGAUCAGAAAAAUGACGCUGGUAAAAGUGCUGGAAAGAAUAAGCUUUAAGCAAAGGAUUUAAUGGAGGAAAUACAAGAAGAAGAGCAACCAAUGCUAGUCAGGAGUUUAGACAAGGAAUAAUUGUAAGAUGAUGACAAAUAAGUAGUAGAAUACGAUUAAGACUAAGAAUAGUAAGAGUUGUAAUAAACUGUUGAGGAUAAGGUUACUUAAAACUUGAUUGAUGAGAAAGUAUUUGUCAAGUACUUGAAAAAAGGUGAGAUCUAUGACUCCAGCAAGAUAGAUCCAGAAGUCCAAUAAGAAAUUGAUAAAGUAAUCAACGAUUAUUUAGAAAAAGAUGAAUUGGAAAGGGAUUAAGAGUCAGAUUCAAAGUAUCUCUUACCCUAAACAGCAUUCAUCAAAGAGGAGGGCAAAAACCUUCAUGAAGGCUAGCAACUAGAUGUCAAACUGACUUUUAAUACAAAAACUGAAAAAAUCACUGGAGUAAUUGACUUGAAAGGAGGUGCUUUUGUAGAAGGAGAUUUCAAAUCGGAUUCCAAGUAUUUUAUGCUGAAGAUCAAGUCUUCUUCUGCUAAUAUAAAUUAAGUCGAAGGCCAAAUAUUAAAAGAUGAUUUCAGUGAACUCGAUGGCAUUAUAUAUGAUUUUGACUAGAAUAUGAUGUUAAAGCAGGGCAAAAGAAUCGUGAUUCAACAAGUUAAAAGCUGA